GAUGUAGGUUACAAUGGCUGCACUUCACGGCGGAGAUGGUGGCAACGACCCUCCAAAUUGGGGGUGGAAUCCCGAAUGGGGUUGUAGGCGUACGGGUGGUAUUAGCACAGGGAGAGCUGUUGCCGCUAACAACGAUCUGGAGCGCGAGUUUCAGAAUUCGGGACGCCGAAUCUCGCUUAUGUUAAAUAACGAUCUUAGUAGGUGGCAGGCAAUCGGGGACCACGCCAAGUGGUACAAGAGCUAUUUGGAGACCUAUGUCGCUACCGUCCCACAUAAUUACGAGUCGUGGGAUCAGGUGCCGCAGCCCAUCAAGGAUGGACUUACUGACUGGCUUAUGAGACGGUUCUACUUAGAACAAUAUCUAGGUCACCCAGAAAAUCACCCGUUACGAGAGGCCGUGACCAGGAUGAUUCGUCAGGAUGCCCUGAAGAUCUACAGGGAUAAAAAAGCAAAAUUCAAGAAGACUUGGUUCACUGACAAGGGUGGGUCCCAAAGGCUGGCAGAACUGGAGGGUCAACCUCCAUACGGGAUGCCUCCACAGGUGUGGAGUUAUCUACUGGGUUACUGGACCAGCGAGCCCCGGAUGAUUGCUGCUCAAAGAAACACGACAAACAGGCAGCAACAAAAUAAUUUUGUCAGUACUCACGGUCGGCAGUCUUACGCUCAGCGUGAAUGGCGUUACGCUGAAGAUAAUGAUGGGCGACGUGAGGAGCCGCCUGAGUUUUAUUUGCGGGCCCACACGAGACGAGAUGGGAUGGUGCAGGACGCAGUUAGGCCCAUUUAUGUAAAAUCUUGCACAAAUCCGGAAAAAAGAUAUUUUAUUGGAGCGGUUUCUUGA